AGCACUGAGUAAGUUUGCUCUCUUGCAAGAGGCUUGUGUCUGAGGGAGUGCCCAUGCCUCUUGGCAGUAGACUAUCUAAUUGGCUUUAGUGUUGUUGUGACGAGCUGGGGAAAGGUAGGAGUUUAAGCAGUUGAGGAACUGACUGUCUUUGGGUUCAGACCCCAGUCACAGCAGGAGUUUGCUUGUCCAGUACACAGCGCACAGCUGAUCACAUCUUGGACACAGCCUUGCUGAUAAAAUGCUUCUGGUGUUAGUGGUGACUCUGCAUCUACUGUCUCAAAGUGUUUUGGCUCAGAGGAGCCGGAAGCCGUACUUCUGUUCUGAAGCUGAAGAGUGUUACUCCUUCUUAACUAUCUGCAGGGAUCCAGAGUAUGAGGCUCGUGCCUACGAACCCAGUGUGUGGGUUGGAUCGCGCGUUUUGCCGACAGAGGGGAGGUACCGUGCCGUUAGCCGCCUCAGGGACUAUUUCAACAAGAAGAAUAGGCCAGGAAUACAGAUUGAGAGAACUGCCCCUCUCAUCACCACCUACAUGGACAUCAAUGGGGAGCUCGAAGCGACAAAUGUAUAUUUGGUGCUUCCCAGAAGAUUUUUCACCAAUCCCCCAUAUCCCAGAGAUAUAAUGUUAUUCUUAAGAAGGAUGCCCCCAAUGACCAUCUUCGUGAAGUCGUUUGGAGGCUGGAUCACGUCUCUGCGGCAAAAAUCACAGGACAUGUUUGAGGACCUGCUUCGUAAAAGGGAUGUGUUUCUGCAGGAUCGCUUCUACAGUGCAGAAUACAAUGGGCCUCUGACAUUGUUCAACCGCCACAACGAGAUCUGGUACCUGAGCCUCGGACCGCCCAGGUGUGAAGCCAGGAACAGGCAGACACAGUAGCAAGAUGAUGUCGCUGAUCCAGGACACCAGCGACAGGAGAGCCUCCCGCAACAUCAACAGUUAUCUGUCCGAUUACUUUGUUAAACUCCUCUCUCUCUCCCUCUCUCACACACUCUUUGUUGCAAGCCUGCUUUCUCUCGUUCAGUUGUUCACUUUCUCCCAGUGUCUCCUAAGGUUGUUGCUCUGUGUACCUUGUUGGAGAAGGGAUCAUUGUUAUAAAAGCAAAAUACCACGGAUGCUGGAAAUCUGAAAUAAAAAACAAAGUGCUGGAAAAACUCAGCAGGCCCUAGCAGCAUCGCUGGGGACAGAAACUGAGCUCACGCUUCAAGUCCAACAUAACUCUUCUUCGGAACUGAAGGAAGGUAGAAAUGUGAUGAGGUGGGAUCAGGAGAAAGGGAUGGGGUCAGGGAGAAGUGAAGGGGAAUAAAGAUCCAGAGGGAAGUUGGUACUGAUGAGUUGUCGGAGCUUGCAUUCCUUAACACCCUCAAGGGGAGAGAUUACCUUUUUUUUUGUGAAGGAAUGGAAAUGGAGGCGGGGACUAGCACAGCUUUGGGGUAGGGUGAGUCGGUGCUGCUGGAGAGAGAGGUUGAGUGUGUACAUGAGGUGGUACAUGGCCCUGAGUGUGGGUCUCGGGAUGCGGAGGGAACUGCAGUCCGAGGAACACUGUAUGUCUCGGAGGUGGCAGUAACCCUGGGUGGAUUCGAAACACGAAGGAUGGAACUUCAGUUGGAAUUCCAUGUGGAAUCGGCCAGAGCCGGAGAAGGAGGUGUGGCUGUGCAGGAGAGUUUUUGCCUUCCUUCAGUUCCCAAGAAGUGUAAAGUUCAACUGGAAAUGUUAUUCCGUUCCUCUCUGCACCUAUAAUGCCAGGCCUGUCGAUUAUUUCUGGCACUUUCUCUUUUUAUA